AGUUGACAACUUCAGUUUAGUUUCAGAGCUCCAAAAGCCUUUCGGCCCCAUUCGACUCUCGUAGAACUAGAAGGAAGGCUAAGAUUGAGAUCCUCUCGAGAUGGCUCGACUUACGGCUCUGAGCAUAGCGGUGGUGCUUCACUCCGUGCUGGGCAUCUCGUACUACUACUACUUCCGCGGAUCACCCGGCUCCGCUGCUCCUCUUCUGGGCGCCUGGCUCUUCUCGGCCUGUGUGGUGGCCCUGCUCCAGGCCACGAGGAUCUUCCCCAGCGCCCUGCCCACCGAUCACGGGCGCUUCAGAGGCAGGCAUCAUCGGGGCAAUCAGACAUCCUGGGCAGCGCUCCUCCUGGAAACGGGCAUCUGUUGCCUGGUGCUGGAUGUGACCCUGACCAAGCUGUGGCACCGCAUAGAGUCCCUCUGCCAGUGCGCCAUUGUGGGCGUCCUUCAGGCCUUGGCCGUCGAGGAGCAUACCUUCCUGGCCUGCGAGUACUGGACUUUGGGCCUGACCACCGGCCUGAUCGGAGCCUGUCUAUUGUGGCUCACCCUCUGGGCCACCGCGCUGCCCCGGAAGAUCCAUUGUGGCCUGCUCGACUGGCGCCGCUCCCUGCAUCACCAUUGUUCCUCGAUGAUCUUCGGGCCGCUAGAGCCGGGCACUCCCAUUCCGCCCCAGAUGCAGGAAAGCGCCCAGAGCUUCGCCACCUAAAUCGGAAGCGGGAGCUGAUCAUCCUGGGCCCAUAACAGCUUAUCAGUUCAACUUGAGUCAAUAGCUAAAUUUUUGGGUUAAGUAA